AUGUCGCAACUGAACAGUCCCCCGGUCCACAACUAUGGCCAGCAUCUUUCUGACGGUCCAAUAAUGGAGUCUCCUGGGGUACUACCUGGGCGCGGAUCCAGUGAGUCUCGGCGCGAGCUUCUACAUUCACCACCUCAAUCUCAUCCAGCACCUUUCGACUUUCACUUUGAACCCGAAACACCAACUGCUCCUCCAAACCAAGCGCGAAGCUCCGCAAGCACGCCUAUACGUCCUCGAAGGGUAUCCCAGACUAUGCCUUUUCCUCCCUCGGUUCAUCCAACAGCCUCUAUAGAAGAGAGCCCACAAGAAAUGCAGGACCCUCGAAUGUCCCAUAUGUAUCAAAAUCGCAACAGCAGAAUGCACUCACGCCCUCCGGCUUCGUACACCAAUUUUGCAGAGCGAAACUCACGCUAUGGCCCGGUACGCAGGCCCAGCGUGGAUCCGUACUCGCACCCGGCCUAUGUGGACACGCCGCCCAAGCCAAACUACGAAAUGUACUACCCAUACUACACAGAGUCGCCUGCUCGCUACCCUGCCAUGUGGACUACAAGUGGGGGUAAAUCGUACCCACCCAUUGAUCCAAGGCCCGAGAACAUUAUCAGGCUGCCUUGGAUGAUCUGGAUGGGAAGUCAUGCCAAGAACCACUUUGUAGCGUUCGUUGGCGAGUUUGUGGGAACCACCAUGUUCCUCUUUUUUGCCUUUUCCGGCACUCAAGUCGCCAACAUCAGGUCUGCUGCAGCACCGCAGUCCAACACCACAACCAACGAGGCGGCCGGUUUCUCACCUAUUGUGCUUCUGUACAUUGCUCUCGUCUUUGCCUUCUCCCUCAUGGUCAACGUAUGGGUCUUUUUCCGUAUUUCUGGUGGCCUGUUCAACCCCGCCGUGACCUUUGCCAUGCUGCUCUGCCGCGCCCUGAGUCCCAUCCGCGCCUUCCUACUGGUAUCAGCGCAGAUUGGUGGAAGCAUAUUCUCUAGUUUUCUAGUCAAGGUGCUGUUCCCUACAAACUUCAACGUACGAACUACGCUGGGUGAAGGCACGAGCUUGGCCCAGGGAACAAUGAUUGAAGCUAUACUCACGGCAGAACUCGUCUUCACCAUUUUUAUGCUGGCAAAGGAAAAGCAUAAAGCAACCUUUAUCGCACCCGUAGGCAUCGGCCUCGCGCUCUUCAUCGGCGAACUAGUAGGCGUCUACUACACGGGAGGCUCGCUGAACCCCGCACGUUCGUUCGGUCCCUGUGUCGUAACCGGUGUCUUUGACAACGACCACUGGAUCUACUGGGUUGGACCGGGCAUCGGCGCCAUCCUGGCCGUCAUCUUCUACCAGUUCAUCAAGAUCCUCGAGUACGAAGUCGCGAACCCAGGCCAAGACGAUGACGGAUCCGAUCAUCACGACACGAGAGAAGAAUUCGAGAAGAGAGAAGGUAGUCAGGACCCUGAAAUGGGGUACGGGCCUACGCCAACGGCCACGCCAGUGCACAUACCCGGUCAGGGUCCUGUUCCUCCUCCGCCUGCGAUGCCCGUGGCGCAUAGUCUGAGCGGUGUGACAAUGGGGGCUCCGAGCAUGGCCAGCGGCGGCAUGGCUAGACCCGUUAGCAAGAGGAGCAUCGAGGGCCAGGGAUUUGGCGGAAGAGGUGAACAGAGCUUAGGUUAAAUUUUGACGAUGACGCCCAUAAUGAUGGCUGCUGUCAGAUCACUGACAGAUAUGGAAGUAAUGAUGGAACGCAGUGGAAUGCAUACGGAUACGAGAGCGAGUUUCAAGAGAUGGAGCUCAGUAACGCAACGAGAUAUACGCAAACUUGGCCACGACAUGUAGUAUUCUACUUUGUACAACAAAGC